AUGUCUUUUUCGUUUGGACUUGGAAAAAUAACUAGAGGCAAUUCAACUUAUAAAGACAAACCGACUGGAAGUACAUUACCACUAUAUUAUAAAGAUAAACCAUCAUCUUCAUCUCGACUUCAUCCUGCAUCAACUUCAUCAAAACAUAAGAAACAUAUUGUUAUGCUAUUAAAAGGGUUCAUUUAUUCAAUGUUAUUAUACGCAGUAUAUUACUUUGCAGCUAAUUUAGGUGGAUCCUAUUUCUUUAACAUUCCAGGCGGUCAAUCCAAAUGGCAAAGGGCUCAGAAUGAAGUCCGUAAAGCCAUGUUGGAUUCUUGGCACACUUAUGAGAAAUUUGGAUGGGGGUAUGAUGUUUACCAUCCAAUUAUUGAACAAGGUGAAAAUAUGGGUCCAAAACCUUUGGGCUGGAUGAUUGUUGAUUCUUUAGAUACAUUAAUGAUUAUGGAUUGUAAUGAAGAAGUUGAACGUGCUAAAGUUUGGAUUAGAGACGAAUUAGAUUACAAUUUUGAUUAUAAGGUGAAUACAUUUGAAACUACUAUUAGAAUGCUUGGUGGUUUGUUGUCUGGAUUUGCUUUGAGUAAAGAUGAUGUUUAUUUGGACAAAGCGGUUCAAUUGGCAAACUCUUUGGGAGGUGCAUAUGAUACACCAAGUGGUAUUCCAUACCUGUCAGUUAAUUUGAAAUCGGGUAAAGGAAUCAAGAACCAUGUUGACAAUGGUGCCUCAUCAACAGCUGAGGCAGCUACUGUUCAAUUGGAAAUGAAGUAUUUGGCUAAAUUGACUGGUGAAACUUUGUGGUGGAACAUGGCUGAAAAGGUGAUGCAGGCUUUGGAAGCAAAUAAGCCUGAAGACGGUUUAGCUCCAAUUUAUGUUAAUCCUGACACGGGUAAGUUCCAAGGUAGACUAAUUAGAUUGGGAUCCCGUGGCGACUCUUACUAUGAAUAUUUGUUGAAGCAAUACUUGCAAACAAACAACAAUGAACCAAUAUAUUGGGACAUGUAUAGAGAAUCUGUUGAAGGUGUUAAGAAGCAUCUUGUUAGAAAAUCAGAACCUUCAGGAUUAACAUUUAUUGGUGAAUUAGAAAGAGGUAUUGGCGGUAAGUUUUCUCCUAAAAUGGAUCACUUGGUUUGUUUCUACGGUGGAUUAUUGGCUCUUGGUGCUACUGAUGGUUUGCCAUUGGAAGAAGCCAAGAAGUUGAAGUCAUGGAACGCGGACCGAGAAUCUGACUUCAAAUUGGGUGAAGAAUUGACGUAUACCUGUUAUAAGAUGUAUCAUGAUGUCUCUCCUACAGGAUUGUCUCCAGAAAUUGUUGUUUUCAAUGAAGAUUCUACAAAAUCAAAGGAUUUCACUAUAAAGCCUAAUGACAGACACAAUUUGCAACGUCCAGAAACUGUUGAAUCAUUAUUUAUUCUUUAUAGAUUAACUGGUGACAAGAAGUACCGUGAAAUGGGUUAUGAAAUCUUUAAGAAUUUCAUGAAAUACACCAAGAUCGUCAAUGCCGAUGGAGAUGUCUCAUUCUCGUCAAUUGGUGAUGUCACAUCAUUAGGAUCCAAGGGAUCUCCUAAGUUUAAGGAUAACACUGAGUCAUUCUGGUGGGCUGAAACAUUGAAGUAUUUGUAUCUUUUGUUUGAUGACGAGAAUAAGAUUCCAUUAACUGAAUAUGUGUUCAAUACUGAGGCACAUCCAUUACCUAAAUUCGACACCAAUGAGCAUUUGAAGACUGGAUGGAGAAGAAAGAUUGAUGAAAACAAAGAACCAAAAAUGAUGGAAUCUAAAGUUGCCAUUGACAAGAAUCAUCCACCAGAAGCACAACCAGUUGAUAAAUCUGCAGAACAAGAAGCUAAAGAGGCGUUAGAAAAAAACCCAGAAUUGGCUAAAGAUGAAGAUAUAAAUGAAAAGAAAAAGAAAUUAGAUGAAAUGAUGGAUGUUUUGUCAUAG